AUUAUAUAUACCCUUGUAGGGAGCCAUUCCUGCUGAGGUUCUCGGCACUGUUCGCGGAGCUUACCGACGAGCUGGUUCCGGUGGCGAUGUCGAACCGGAUGAGCAUGUUCCACGGAACCACGGCUCGAGGGUGGAAAGGGAUGGACCCCUUCUACUUCUUCAUGAACCCUAGCCCGGUGUACGAGGUGAGGUUCCUCAACAAGCUGCCCUACGAUUUGACAUGCGGCGCCGGCGGUAAGUCGAGCCAUGAGGUGGCGAAUUACAUCCAGAGGACGAUCGCCGCUACAUUGUCGUACGAGUGCACCAGCUUCACCAGAAAAGAUAAGUACAGGGCGCUCGCUGGGAACGACGGCAUCGUGGGGGAUCAUAAGAAGGUGGCUAAUGGCAACAUGUCGCCAUUUAAGGUCAUGGGGUGUUAAAAGGCGUUGAUCAGUGUUGAACAAAUAUGAUGAUGUUAAUUACGACGCUUGUUAUUAGUGGGGGUGUUUAGUAGAGCAGUCAUAUGAAUCCAAUGUCCAAGAAAGAUGUGAUUUUGAUAAUAGACAGAUAUGUUUACAUGCAUGCUGAUAAAUUGGAAGUUGAAAACCAAAAUGUGCUUACCCGCGGUGAAUAGUGAAUCGUAUACUUUAUAUUUUAUGAUAAUUUUGGUGUGCGAGUGAAUUCUCAGGGAUAAAUAUUGUAUGGUCUAUAUAUAGUUUAAUCACAAAUAUAUCCCUAAUAAAAGUUAAUUACCGUACUUUAUAAACCAUUAAAGUCCCAUAACUUAAAAAUCCAUAUUUAAUUUAAGUGCGAUUGUCCACAGUACUACAACCUUACCUAUGCCAAUUUUCAUUAAAUCCCGUCAGCUACAAUUUCAUUUUAAGGUUGAGUGCCGUCUAAGGAAAGGUAAACCAUUGGUAAAAGUGAAAGCGAGAGAACCCGAAGCAGAUGUGUUUGUGUCAAUUUCAAAACACACCAUUAAUUGAACAAACGUUACAUUUCAGUCUUACUACUUAAUCUAGUUUUCUAUUCAACAAGCUCUAAGUUAUAACUCAUCGGGAAAUUGUCGGAAUCGAGAAAGCAAGAAUAUGAAAGCGAGAAUCGAAAACAGAUACACGAUUUACGUGGUUCACUAACACAAUGUGUGUUAGCUAGUCCACGGACAAGAGAGAGUCAAUUUCACUAUAUCAUAUUAUCAUGGAUAUUUCAAAUUAUAGAGGAGAUGAGAAGUAUUUAUACUUCUUCAUGUGGGUCUAAACCUCAUAUAAUAUGGUAAAAGAAACGGUUAAACUAGAGCAUGGAUAUCUAUUAUGUCCAGUUUAGAACACCAAAUCUGUCAAACAAAGCUUCUUUUAAGACAUGUAAAAUUCUAACUAAAAUAGCUGAAAUAUUGUCUCGAUUAACAAGACAUUAUAAUUAUUGUGUUUAAAGCGUUCUUAGCUAUUGAAUUACUACAAAGAAGCUAUCAAAAAACACAAAAUCGGAAACUAUGAAUUCAAUAUAAGGCAAAAGAGGUAAACCACUUUGACCAGGGGUGGAUCUAGGGUUUUAGGGGUGUCCCCGGACACCCUUAAAUUUCGGAAAAAUGAUUAUCCAACCUCCGGUGGUAAUUUACGUAUAGACAAAAAAAUAUAAUUGAUAGUGAGGGACAUUCCUGAAAUUUGAAAAAAUGAUUAUCCUACUGUCAUUUGUGUAUAAAAAUAUAAAUGGUAGGUUGGGUAAUUCAAAUCUAGAACAUUAUUAUUAGUAGUAAACUUAAUUUCCGUUGAGCUACAACCGACAACUCAUUUGGUGUUCGAUUUUGAACAAUGUGUAAUAGUAAAAAGUCAUUCCCUAUCUCUAAUUAUUUCAAUCUAAACUAAUUUCAAUCUACCCUUAAUUUAUAUUGAUUUUAUGAUUGUACGACAAGUGUUGAAGAGUCUUUCAGCUUUGGGUUACAUCAAGAACAAGUUUACAAAUCGAAUAUGCGAUAAGUUCCUGAAUGAUUGUCUAGUAGGGUAUAUAGAGAAUUUUUUUAACACUAUAAACACCAAGUGUAUUCUACAGUUAUUUUUGAAUAUGAAAACACAUCAUGGACUUUUUUAACCUAUACGAGUAAGGUAUUUUCAUAUUUAUGAUUUUAUUUUUAUUAAUUAUUUUUAUUUUAUUAAAUUUAUUUUUUAAAAGAGGACGCCCCUAUGAAAUUUUUUUGGGUCCGCCACUGACUUUGACAGAUCAAUUCGGUGUUUUACUUUAUAGUUUCAUAGGGCAAAAAAUUAUCUAAUACAUCCAUCCGUUAUAACAAUAUGAUAAAUUGUUUAAUGAUAUGAUAGUUAAUGAACUAACAUCCUAGAU